AGCAGCUGUCGAUGAACCUAACCUUAGAAGAACAACGUAAUUGUUUGUAGGAGCCUGGUGUAAGCGAAAGAUAUUUGUCUUCAUCCAUACAGACACUACCAGACAAAUGGACUUAUAUUCUAACAAAAUGAAUUGGUCAGAGGUACAAGAUUUAUUUAGAUUGUGGAGAGAAGAAAAUGUACGCAAGAGCACAGAAGUAGUUGACUUGUGGGAAAGAAUACUACAGAAGAAAAUACACAAACUUGGUGAUGAAAGACUCCUAGUGUUGGAGCAAGUAUGUGUGGCAUCCCUAGACUGCAACAGGCUUGAAGUGGCUGAUGCAUGCCUCAAAGCCCUCUCAACUGAGUUUCCUACUAGCCUGCGCAUUAGGAAGUUGAAGGCCUUAAAGUUAGAAGCUUUGGAAAGGUAUGAUGAGGCACUAGAUGUGCUGGACUCCAUCAUCAAGCAAGAUGACACAAAUGCAGCCCCUCGCAAACGUCGUGUUGCCAUUCUCAGAGCAAGGGGUAAGAUUCCUGAUGCAAUUAAGGAACUCGCCGAGUAUCUUAAAAAGUUUAUGAGUGAUCUGGAGGCCUGGCAAGAGUUGUGUGAUCUUUACCUCUUUGAACAGGACUUUGCUCGGGCAGCUUUCUGUAUGGAGGAGCUCAUCCUGCACAAUCCACAUAGCCACUUAAUUCAUCAGCGAUAUGCUGACAUACGCUAUACACAGGGGGGCUUUGAAAACAUGGAGUUGGCACGAGCCCAUUACUGCCUGGCACUGAAGCUUAGCCCCAACAACAUUCGAGCCCUCUAUGGCUUAUUCCUGUCUGCUACCAACAUUGCCAUCUCCACUAAAUGCACAUCAGUCAAGAAGAAGGAAAACAAUAAACUGGCAAAGUGGGCCCUCAACGAAAUUAAUAACAGGUAUGAAGAGCAGUGUGGAAAAUCAAACCAGACGGCAGCACUGGAGGGUCUGAUAAACUCACUGCAGAUUUUAUCAACUGGUUGGUUUACUGUACCACCAAAACCAGUGUAAAUACACUUAUUAAGCUCCAAACUUGUUUACUCUGGGUGGUACACACACAUCGUUAACACAAGAGUAACUGUAUAUGAACACACCUUUAAAUUUGAAAAUAUUUACCCAAACCUUCAUAAUAAUGUGGGUUAGGUUUACCACCUGUCAACUGAAUAACAAAGCAAUACAACUUUGAACUGAAUGUUUAUACCUUUCAGUUCUCUUUCUGUAACAGAGCAUGGUAGUGCUACAGUAACGCAGAGUGUGAAGUAAUCUGAGCCUUACGAUUUUCAGUCAGAAUAAUAACCAGGAUUCUAGUCCAGUCACCUACAGUGAAAUUUCAAAUUGACGUAUCCAUAUUUCAGAGGGUAAAUUCUUUAGUUGGUAAAUUGUUUUACAUUGCUCAGUUGCUCAGCUAAUGUAUGCAAAAAAAAAGUGUAAUCUUGGAUCAGGUGCUUUCCAAUUAGGCAACACAGAAAUGUACAAGGUUUUUAGGACAAGUAUUGAUGUUAGAAAUGUAAAAACUAUUAUAAAUUAUAUAAAGAAACGUGCAUAGAAUUAACAAAAUAGGCUGUCAGAAUUCCAAAAAUUAUUUUAAACGGAAAAAGACAUUUAUGAAGACAGAUAAAAUGGUAAGAUAGGCCAUGUUUUGUAAUGUAUGUAACAGACUGGUCUCAAUAGUAAUAUGAUGAUAAAUGUAUAUAAUAAAAUACAGAAUAUAUCUAAUAUGGAACAGAAAA